AUGGAAAAACAUAGUAUCCAAUCUCAAGAUUUGCCAGAAAUUAUAGAAGAUAUAUCAGAUGUAGAUGAUAAUAAAGAUAGUGAAAGUAAUCGUCCAACAGACCAAAGCAUUAUCCUUUUAGAAAAAGAAUCACGUAAAAGACCUAGUAAAGAUACCCCUGAAAAUAAAUUAUCUAGUAAGAAAGUAAAAACUAAAGAUGGAAAUGCUGAAUCUAUCACAAGCCCAAGUAAUUUUUCUGAUUUAUACAGUGCAAUUGUUAAAGCUGAAGAACAAAUUGAAAGU